AUGUAUUUUCUGACUCCAGUCUUGGUAGCCGUGACCUGCAUUUUGCUUGUGUGGAUCUUUAAAAAUAAUGAUAGAAGCAUUGCGAAAAAGAAGGGGGAGCCUCAAGUCAGGGUCGAGGCUCGUCCGUGGGUGGAUGAAGACUUAAGAGACAGCACUGACCUCCCUCAAGUGGAAGAAGGAACAGCCCCAAGUGGAGCCCACACUGAGCCUUGGACCUUUGUGGUUGUGAAAGACCCAGAUGUGAAGCAUAGGAUCCAGGAGAUCAUCGAGGAAGAAGAGGAGAUAAACUACCGGAAGAGAAUGGGAGACAGAUGGGUGACAGACCUGAAGAAACUGAGAAACGGCAAAAAGAAGGUUCACUACUACAAUGAGAUCAGUGUAUCCAUCUCGUGUGGCCUCCUUCUGGCUGCCCUGCAGAAUGCCGGCCUGGUGACUGUCACCACCACACCGCUCAACUGUGGCCCUCGUCUCAGGGUGCUCCUGGGCCGCCCCAUAAAUGAGAAGCUGCUGAUGCUGCUUCCUGUGGGCUACCCCAGCAAAGAGGCCACAGUGCCCAACCUCACACGGAAGCCUCUGGAUCAGAUUAUGGUGACUGUGUAG